UGGCCAACACUGACCGGAGUUCACGCAUGCGCACAGUGCACUGUUAGUCAGUUCGCCAGUGCGUUAAGGAUUUGCCUCUGUUCUCAGCAGUAAAUACUUUAAAACACCUCUAAAUAAAAUCUGAGAUGGAAUUAGAAGGUGGCACAUAUGAGCCUGGGUUUGUUGGCAUUAGAUUCUGUCAGGAGUGUAAUAACAUGUUGUAUCCUAAAGAAGAUAAAGAAAACCGAAUUCUGCUCUACGCUUGCAGAAACUGUGACUAUCAACAGGAAGCAGACAACAGCUGCAUUUACGUGAACAAAAUCACCCACGAGGUCGAUGAACUCACUCAGAUUAUUGCAGACAUUGCCCAGGAUCCAACGUUGCCCAGGACGGAGGACCAUCCGUGCCCCAAGUGUGGCCACAAGGAGGCAGUGUUCUUCCAGUCUCACAGCAUGAAAGCUGAGGAUGCCAUGAGGCUUUACUAUGUCUGCACCGCUCCACACUGUGGCCACAGAUGGACAGAAUGAGGAAGAUAAAGCAGAGAUCUGCAAGACAAGGCAUUGUGGGGUCCUGCGCCACUGAUAUUCCAGUCAAGAAUAUUGUUUCGGAGAUCACACGUCCAUUUUUACAGAUUUAAUGUGUGGAUUUAUUUGGUCUGUGAACCUGACUGUGUGCUUCUAAUGCAUUUGUAAAUUAUACAUUGUUUUUUAUGUGGAAGAUUUGCAAACAGUGCCAGCAUGCAUUGUGAGACUCAUUGAUUUUCAGUGUGUUUAAACUGCAUCAUCAGUCAUUUUAUUUUAAAAUAGUGUAUUUUUUUGGAAAGUUUGUAAUAAAAAUACAAAAAGGA